GGCUGUCGUCUCAGAAGCAAUCGGACCUCAUAGCCCAGCAGACGGUCCUGUCCGUCUAACGCACGAGAAUCGGGAAUCCGAGAAACGAGAGUAGGAGCAAGUCCAAGACCGAGAACUUCGACGCAGUCGUGGUCAGGUGAAUGCCAUCGGGGCAACGUGCCUGGCAUUCGAAGAGAUAUAUAUCGAGUCGCGUUUCGGUGGCGGAUCGGUUUUCGUACAUUGUAUGGUAGGCCAUUUAUAUAUGGUUGCCCAGUUCAAAACGAAAACAAAUUGAAAAAGAUAACCGCAGUACCAACAAAAACAACCAAAAUGUUUGCAUUUUUGCGAGUUUUAUUACUUUGUGUGCAUUUGCUGCAUUUUAAAAUAAUUACCGGAGUAGAUCUUCCAUCUGAGUCGGGGUGGAUGGCAGGAGCUUCUGAGUGGCAAAGUGGUGAAAUAAAAGCGGCGCCCGAGGCAGGAUUGGUAUUGGUUAAUGCCACAGCAGAGGAUACAAUUAAUCUGAAAGCUGAUGCCUCCGCUUCAACUUUGAAUCGCAAAGCUCGGCAAUACCUCUUUGAUCCUAAUCUUCUCCUGCUGCAAGGUGGCCUAACCGGUGGGUGGGAGGGAUCCAGAUGCCUCACUGCCCGGGGUCAACCAGGAGUAUGUGUCCGCAUCGAUUCCUGCCGCCAAUACUACAGGGUGGCACGUCAAUUGACCUUCAUCACACUUCGCCAGUGGCCUCAGAACUCAGGGCUGGGUCUGAACGGAAAUCUAUGCAACUUCUUCGACCAACUGGGAAGGAUCAAUAACGGAAUAUGUUGCACCGACAUAGAUGCCAAUACUUUUGGAGUGUUUCCAAUACCCGGAGCAACUCCAACAACAACCACGACGACAGAGAAACCUUUGAGUGGUGAAGACGAGGUGGCUGUGAGUGUGGACGCGCCGGAGGAAGAGCCAGCGAACGAGGAAGCUCCACAACCAGAAGAUCCUAUCGAUAACCCGAAUAGCGUCGAGGAUACUCCUGAUUUCCAGGAUGUGAAUACGCUGCCCGAGACUGAUAACCAGCCGGUAGAACCAGGACAGGAUGAGAAGCAGGACCCAGAGCAGGAGCAGGAGGAGGUACAGCCACCGGUGGCAGCCCAGCCUGGCACUACCAUAUAUCCCUACCAAUGGCCAUUUGGCACCUUUGCUGGCGGCGUGGCCCAGUGGCCGCCUCCGCUGCCCACGCAUCCGCCCACAACUGGUGGCUGGCCACCACCAUUACCCACCCAUCCCCCCAACCACCAUUACCCCACGCACCCAACCACCGCCGGAGUACCAAGCACAAAGCGCACCACCCCUCGACCACCUGCCCCCCGACCAACCACAACCAGGCGUCCAACCUAUCCCAGUUACCCCACAACCACCGCACCCCCAACCACGACCACCACAAGGCGGCCUUCCAGUGGAACAAGCGCUGAAGGACUACCGCUGCAGUGCGGCAACAAGAAUCCCGUUUCCCCGGACCAGGAGAGGAUCGUGGGCGGCAUCAACGCAAGUCCACACGAGUUCCCUUGGAUCGCGGUGCUCUUCAAGUCCGGAAAGCAGUUCUGUGGUGGCAGUCUCAUAACCAACAGUCACAUCCUCACGGCCGCUCAUUGUGUGGCACGCAUGACCUCGUGGGAUGUGGCAGCCUUGACGGCGCACCUGGGCGACUACAAUAUCCGGACAGACUUUGAAGUGCAGCACGUUUCCCGGAGGAUUAAGAGACUGGUUCGCCACAAAGGAUUCGAAUUUAGCACUUUGCACAACGACAUCGCCAUACUGACUUUAAGUGAGCCAGUGUCCUUCACCCGCGAAAUCCAACCGAUUUGCCUGCCAACCUCGCCGUCGCAACAAUCGCGGUCCUACAGCGGACAGGUGGCCACUGUGGCCGGAUGGGGCAGUCUGCGGGAGAACGGACCUCAACCGUCGAUCCUCCAAAAGGUGGACAUACCCAUCUGGGCAAACGCGGAGUGUGCCAGGAAAUACGGAAGAGCGGCGCCCGGCGGUAUAAUCGAGUCAAUGAUCUGCGCCGGGCAAGCGGCCAAGGACUCGUGUAGUGGCGACUCUGGUGGUCCUAUGAUCAUCAACGAUGGUGGCCGAUACACACAGGUGGGCAUUGUGUCCUGGGGAAUUGGCUGCGGAAAGGGUCAAUAUCCUGGCGUCUAUACUCGUGUCACAUCGCUGCUGCCCUGGAUCUACAAGAAUAUCAAAUAAAUAUAGUUUUUCGAUUAGACUAAGACGUGAUAUCCAGCAAUAUAAGAGCGAACAAUGUAAUAAAAUGGCAAAACCUUUAUCGAAUUUCAAAA